ACUAUGGGAAGCUUUAACACCAGUUUCGGUAAAGGCUUCAUUUUGGUGGGCUUCUCAGACUGGCCUCAAUUAGAACUCAUUCUUUUUAUCUAUGUUUUGAUUUUCUACUCCUUAACUCUCUUUGGCAACACCACCAUCAUCGCUCUAUCACAACUGGACAUUCGACUGCACACCCCCAUGUACUUCUUCCUCUGCCACCUCUCCUUCCUGGACCUCUGCUACACCACGAGCACCGUGCCCCAGCUCCUCAUCAAUAUUGAAGCACAGGACCAUACCAUCACCUAUGGAAGGUGUGUGGCCCAGCUGUUCAGUGUCCUUGCCCUGGGCUCCACAGAGAGUAUGCUUCUAGUGGUGAUGGCCUUUGACCGCUAUGCAGCUGUGUGUCGUCCACUCCACUACACAACCAUUAUGCACCCUCUUCUGUGCCAGGCUUUGGCUAUCUCUUCUUGGGUAGCAGGUCUCGUGAACUCUCUGAUCCAAACAGGUCUCAUGAUGGCCAUGCCUCUCUGCAGGUAUCGAUUGAAUCAUUUCUUCUGUGAGAUGCCUGUGUUCCUCAAGUUGGCUUGUAAGGAUACAGCUGGAACAGAGGCCAAGAUGUUUGUGGCGAGAGCCAUAAUCUUGGUUUUCCCAGCAACACUGAUUCUAGGAUCUUAUGCACACAUUGCCAGGGCAGUACUGAAGGUCAAGUCAACAUCUGGUCGCAGAAAAGCUUUUGGGACGUGUGGGUCCCACCUCCUUGUGGUUUCUAUGUUUUAUGGCUCAACCAUCUACACGUACUUGCAACCAAAUGACAGCUAUUCUGAGAAUGAGGGAAAGUUUGUGGCCCUUUUUUAUACUAUAGUCACCCCCAUGCUCAACCCUCUGAUCUAUACGCUGAGGAACAAGGAUGUAAAGGGGGCUCUGUGGAAGGUGCUAGGGAGAGGCACAGACUCCAGGUAG